CUGGUCCCACCAUCCCACACCGCCACAACAGCUGGGGGAGGAUUUCCGAACCCGUCACAGCGAAGAUGGUGGCACCUCCAGGCGUGUGGAUGUUCCGUUCGCCCGGUUAACACGCAAAGCAUCCACGGUAGUGUCUUGCCCGGAUAGAUAAAACCCGCGUUUUAGCCAAAGCGAGAGGCUUGCAAAAGGGAGGUGACAAGCGGUGGACUGAAGAGGACGCACACAAGCCUGAGCGUGCACUCCAACGUGUGUUGGACGCACACACACAUGCAGACAAACUAGUGCCAUCUAGACCCUGAGGAGUUGGUUCCGAUAAGAAGUCUACUGUCUGUUUUUUGGCUGCCUUUGGAUCGUUUUUGCAAGGAUACGCGUGAGGGUUUCCUCUUGUUUGCUCUGGGGAUUUCUCACUUCUUCGCCCAGGGGGGAUGUGAAGGGAGGAAAUCGAGCUCCAAAUAACUGCAGCCCUCACUGGGUCUCCUCUCUAAACGCAGGAAAUACGGCGUGGGGAAAAAACAACAACUUUUUUUUUUUUUUUUUUAGACGUGCUCUGAGGCUGACGUUUCGCACGACUGGAAUUGAAAGUAAUACAUUUUUUUCCCACAACCACACCUCUCCGGAAUCCAACGCCGCUGGAUAUAUGGAGAAAAAGUGUUCGAAUGUUAAAUCCCGCGUUGUGUUGUUACUAUUGCUGAGCUUAGAUCAUCACUAUUUAUAGAGCAGCCUCGACCCAGGCUGUUCCUCGUAUCUUGUAUGUUUUGCCAACUGCGCGCAACAAGUUGCAGUCACUCCCAGUUGAGGCAAAGCGACGCUAAUUUGGCCCAGUGGUUGGUAUUUUCUCUGCUUCUCUUUUCGGAUUACGCUCUCGGAAUAGCACAUACCUCUCCCAACCCUCUUUGGAAGGUAGAGUGGGGGGGUGGAGGGGGGGUGGGGGCACACACGGAGAAGAUCCGGAGCGGCAGUUCAGGAAAGGACGGGGCUGGAUCUGUGGGAAUAGGCCUGCCUGUUUGCCAGGCCUUGUAUACGAGCUGGAUUCUGGUCAUGGAUUGGGCUCCGAAAUCCCACUCUCGGGAAGAUUUAUAAGACUAACGAUGGAAGGAAUGAAUGCACGGAAAUCCAAUUGUUCUGCUCGAGAAGGAAUGCAGAAGGUAAAGUCGGCUGAUUCAGAAACCAUCCCCAUCCAAAAAUAUUUUUGAAAAACAUUUUUGAAUCUCGACAGCAUUUUUGUAAGUUUAAGGCUGCUGCAGCGGUGGAGUUUGAAAAGGCCACUGGACUGAGUGAAGGUGCCAUUUGUUGCAGAGCUGCUCGGGACCGUUUUAACUUUUGUACACAUCACCAACUGUUGACAGCCCACAUCUGGAUGUGCUUUUGCGACGCAACCAUGGAUGAUCAGUGUUGGAGACGGACUCAUUUGUGACUGUUGUUUUGCUGUGGGGAAACUCUGAUGCUCUUUUGCAGAGUGAUUCUUGUAAUGCGAGUCGUGACGUAAAUCCAGGGUCUCGUCAUGAGCAGCUCAAUAAGGCGGAACGGUGUGAGUGAGUGUUUCGGCUCCUGUGUGUGGAGCAAAGACGUGUGCGCCUCAGAGUGAUCAUUCCAGCAAAAACACCUUUUGUGCCCUCCCCGUUCUUCCCUCCCCGCAGUGCCACAUGUGAACACACAGCGCCCACGCAACACAUCUAAUUGCCUGAGCGCCAUCCAAAGCUAUUAAUAUUUAACUCCACUCCCGCGGCCCUCCUUUCUCGCCUCAGAAUGGCCACGCUGCAACAACACCGGCAGCUUCUCAUGCACGCCACAGAAGUCAGCUGCAAUUCCAACAGGGAUGGUGACGUGACCGUACGGAUUACCAACAGUACGCCGACGCCACACGUGCAACAGCAUGAGGCGGUUAGGCCUCCCACCAGUGUCGGAGGAGGAGUCCGAGGCCGCGACGAUAGAAGUAAAAUGAACCCUAACCUCCACAAAUACAGUAUUUCCUCCAGCUGCAGCUCGGCAGACUCCAGACAGGUUGUGACCUCGGCAACAAGGGUACGCAGGAAGGCACCACCGCUGUUUGAGCGCUCCGCUGCCCAGUGCUGGGACCCCAAGUUUGACUCGCCCAUCCUGGAGGAGGCGUGCCAAGAGAGGUGCUUUCCUCAGACUCAGCGGCGGUUUCGUUACGUCCUGUUCUACCUGGCCGUGGCGGCUGUGCUCUGGGGCAUAUACUUUGUUGUCAAUAGUGACCGCUGCCAUCCCAUGACCUUCCUGGCUCCCACCGCCUCCUUUUUGGUCCUCUUAGUGCUCCUCUUCUUGUUCACCUUAACUCAUUACUACACGCAACUGUACAACCAAACGUCACUGCUCCUGAUUGCGGUCACCUUCGCCAUCACUUUGGCCCCGCAGAUCCAGACUGCGGGCUACACCGAGCUGGAGUGGGCUCACCAUGCAAAUGCUUCAUACCGUUUUUCGGACUUUCAACGAUCAAUUUGUAUCUCGCCAGUGGCUACCUUCUCGUUGUGCAUAGAGGUCCUGCUGUUGCUGUACAGUGUUCUCCACGUGCGUCUGUAUGCUUCAGUGAUGCUGGGGUUCCUAUACUCUAUUUUAUUCGAGGCAUUAGGGUGGCUGCCGUUGGUUCACAGAAGCUACGAUUCGCAUUCAGGGAGCUCCAGCUCCAAUUGGGAAACGGACACUCUUCAAUGGCUAGGUCCAGCCAAAGCGCUGCUUCACCUGUGCGUCCACGUCAUCGGUAUCCACUUGUUCAUUAUGUCAGAGGUGCGCUCUCGCAGCACCUUUCUCAAAGUGGGACAAGCCAUCAUGCAUGGCAAGGACCUCGGGGUUGAGAAGGCCUUGAAGGAGCGUAUGAUCCACUCGGUCAUGCCCCGACGUGUCGCCGACGAGCUCAUGAAGCAGGGUGACGACGAGGGCGGCGGGAGUGAGAACUGUAGCAAGCGUUAUUCCUCCGGUACCUGCUCUGCCUCAGCUGUCUCAAUCGGCACCGGUGGAGGUGUCGGUGGAGCUUCGCCAUCGCCAAAUUCCACCAGUCCGAAGAACUACCCGCACAACAACCACAAACGCAAGAAGACCUCCAUCCCGCGGGGACAGAUCAUAUUUCGACCUUUCAACAUGAAACGGAUGGAACCCGUUAGCAUCCUUUUUGCAGAUAUCGUGGGCUUCACUAGAAUGUCUGCCAAUAAGUCUGCACCAGCCUUGGUCGGUCUUCUCAAUGAUCUCUUUGGACGAUUCGACCGUCUCUGUGAACUAACCUGUUGUGAGAAGAUCAGCACGCUGGGUGAUUGUUAUUACUGCGUCGCAGGUUGCCCUGAGCCUAGACCUGACCACGCCUACUGCUGUGUGGAGAUGGGCCUCGGUAUGAUCCAGGCCAUCGAGCAAUUUUGCCAGGAGACGUGUGAAACCGUCAGCAUGCGUGUCGGUGUCCACACUGGCACCGUUCUGUGCGGGAUUCUCGGAAUGAAGCGCUUCAAGUUUGACGUAUGGUCAAACGACGUCAAUCUGGCCAACCUGAUGGAGCAGCUUGGCGUGGCAGGCAAGGUCCAUCUUUCUGAAGCCACCGCUCAGUUCCUGGAUGACCGUUACCAGCGGGAGGAUGGUCAAGUGGUGGAGCGAGCUGGAGAAAGUGUGGUGGAGAAGCUGAAGGGUUUGAAAACCUACCUGAUCUCAGGGAGGAAGUUUGGACAUGAUGCGCAGUGCGGCUGUUCUCAUCCGGAAAGUGAUUUUGUUGGGUUGAGCCUGCCCGUCUGUACACAGUACCACACUCCUGAAAUCAUCCACGGGGGUAUCCAAGCUCCUGAACCCUUGUUGCCCAACCAACCACCAGACAUGACCGGGCAUCCAUGUGCUUCCCGCCUUGAGGUGAUGUCUGAACAGGGUGAUGAAGUGGCUGUGCUCAACGGCUGCCAGGAUGAGCGCAAGAUAAGCGGCGCUAAGUUCCUCGCUGCUAACAGCCUCCGAAUGGCCAACGGCCUCCUGAGCCCCCCACUGGAUGAUCCGGUGAGGGCAAGUCAGAGCUCAUUGUGCGACAUGCUUCAGGAGAAAGAAAAGAAGACGAGCACAAGCACGAUGACCGGCGCCAGUGUUGCUAUGGCAGUUGGCGCCGGACCGCCGGGAACAGGCAUGGAGCACUCUGCUCUUAUUCAGCUGCGUGCCAAGAAUUUUCGAGAAAAGAGCGAUGCCCACUUUGUGGAUGUUAUCAGAGAAGACAGUCUGAUGAAGGAUUAUUUUUUCAAACCACCCAUCAACAAGAUCAGCCUCAACUUUCUAGACCGACCCUUGGAGACAGCCUAUCGCAGCAGCUACAAGGACGAGGUGAAAAAUCAAGUCCAAGAACAGACCUUCGCAAGCUGCACGUUCAGCUCGUUCCUUGACGUUCUUCUGAGCUGUUUUAUCUUCUUGGCCCUCACCCUGGCGUGUUUUCUUCCCCCAUUGGUGAGCUCAUCCACUGUGGGGCCCCCAUCUUCGGCAUCACUUGCUGUGGCCCCUCUGGCUGGCCUGCUGGAGCUGGUCUCUCUGGUGCUCUCGAUACGCAUGGCCUUCUAUCUGGAGGAAGUGAUGAACUGCACCCGCUCCCUAAUUCUGGUGGUAUCUGGUUGGGCUGCUCGUCACAUGAUUGGGGCCGUGUUGGUCUCCCUACCGGCUGUCUCGGUCUUGUCCCACAUGACCUACGGGAUUCAGCUACCUCUUCAGCUGACAAUGUUCUUAUGCUGUGCCACUAUCAUCGCCAUCAUCCAGUACUGCAACUUCUGUCAACUCAGUUUUUGGAUGCGUUCGGUCUUGGCCACUGCAACAGGGAUCGCCAUGUUGCUGUUGCUUUAUAGCCCCUUGCACAGCUCCAGUAAUAACAAUUUACCGGUUCAUGGAUCAAACGGCUCCAUAUUACCAAAUGUUGGGUCAACUUCACAAUCAGACCAUGACGCAUCUCUAAGACCUCAUAAUCUUCUGGUGCCCGAAGCGGUUCUUGCCUUCUUCCUGCUUCUUCUCCUCGUCUGGUUCCUAAACCGUGAGUUUGAGGUCAGCUAUCGUUUGCAUUACCAUGGCAACGUGGAGGCCGACAAGCACCGCUUCAAGAUUCAGACGAUGAGAGACCAGGCGGAGUGGUUACUUGGCAACAUAAUCCCCAUCCAUGUAGCUGACCAGCUCAAGGUAACACAGAGCUACUCCAAAAACCACGACAGUGUGGCCGUGAUCUUUGCCAGUAUUGUAAACUUCAGCGAGUUCUAUGAGGAGAGCUACGAGGGUGGCAAAGAAUGCUACCGUGUCCUCAAUGAGCUAAUUGGAGAUUUUGAUGAGCUCCUUCGAAAACCCGAAUUCAAGAGCGUGGAAAAAAUCAAGACAAUCGGCGCCACCUACAUGGCGGCAUCUGGACUGAAUGUCCAGCAACUAGCAGAGAAUGAAGAGGACUCUACGCACGCUCACCUGAGAGCGCUCUUCAACUUUGCCCUGGAGAUGAUGGGAGUACUGGACGACUUCAACAAAAACAUGCUGGGCUUCGGUUUCAAGCUCCGCAUAGGAUUCAACCACGGGCCGCUGACGGCGGGGGUGAUCGGCACCACUAAGCUGCUGUACGACAUCUGGGGAGACACGGUCAACAUCGCCAGCCGCAUGGACUCCACCGGUGUGGAGUGUCGGGUGCAGGUGAGCGAAGAAAGCCACGCUGCGCUCAGCGCCAUGGGCUUGGAGUUCGAUUACAGGGGUACUGUGAAUGUGAAGGGAAAAGGCCAAAUGAGGACCUUUCUGUUCCCUAAAAAUGGCGAGUGUAUGUGCCAAGAUCAACAGGAGCUCAGUGCCAGGGUAGGACCCUCACCAGCGGCAUCAGUGACAAACACAAUAUCAAAUGUUGCCCAGGCAGCGCCCACCCGGCCUCCCUCCUCUUCGUCCACACCUCCGCCGCACUUCGAAUGCGCAGUGAGGCCCAAGACCGUCUCGGCUUCGUCCACAGAAACGGGAAAGGAAGGAUAUAGGGACCCUUCACAGCAAGCUGGGGAAUCGUCCACCAAAGACCGUCACUUCCUUCGCCCUACUUCUGACCUUGUGACCUCAGAAGGUGCACAAAUGGCCCCUCAGGUGCAGUCAAGUGAAGAGUAUAUUGGCGAGGAGGCAGAUGAGCUAACAAGACUCAAUGAGGAGUUUUACUCCCGCCUCUGAUCCUGUUAAUCCCCCCAUCCCGUUUUUUUUCCCCCAUAUCUCCCCGCUGCUGCCCCGAGCUGCUAUUACUCCAGGGCCGUUUGCUUGUCCAGGCAAUGUGUCCCUUCCUCUUGGCAAGUCCCGAAGAAGAGGAAAAUGGUUGAGGUAAAAGAGGAAAAAUCGCGACUCACGUUGUUAAAUGGAAUUUAAUGUUUGGGUAGACUGAACCUGUGUUGAGCACAGUAGAGAAGAAGGAUGACGGGCGAAAGGGGCAAAACCAUAUUUUGUUGGUAUAGUUUUUUUUUUUUUUUUUAAAUUCACAUUGUCAUUAAGUGCCUUCAGGACUAGAGCAAAACAAUUAUGAAUACCGAACAAAGUUUUAAGUCUUUGUGUGCGUUUUGUUUUUCCCCACGUGUAGACUGACGAACACUCUGUGAUUUCUUACAUGACACUUUUCUUUUCAGUGCAAAAAAAAAUAACGAUAGUUGUGCCAUAUCAUUCUAACUUGAUCUAAAUCUUACUAAAGGGAAAAUCAUUUUAGAUUUCUAAUAGGUGCCAAUGCAGCAUUACAGGCUGAGCAGGGAAUUAUGGGAAGAAUGAGGGAAUCACAUGAAGCAGUGUUAACUUUUUCUAUGUAUUCUACUUUGAGAUGAGGGCUAUAUACAGUAUUCACUUGUGCUCACAUUUUAAGAGAAUAUGCUUCAAAGUAGGCUGCGUGGAUUCGAUUUUGAUGGAAAUGCACAUCUAAGCACAGGUCUUGCACAAUGUUUUUUUUUUUUUUCUUCCACUACCACUUGUUUUUAGAAGUGAAAUAUCUCAAACAAAAUGUAUUUCCUCUCACAAAAUCAAAUCUAAAGCACAAAAUAAAGUAAGAUUUAAAUUAGGGCAAAAAAGGGAGCAUCACAAAUGGCAGGAAGGCACUUUAACUAGACUUGAUACUGUGACCCGAGAGCUUUCAUAUGCACGUGCUUUUCUAGGCCCGUAUUGACUUUAAAAUUGUACUCAUUGACGUUCACAUGUAACGGUCACACAACAAACUCUACUUAUUUGACUAAAUCUGCAAAAAGUCAGAAUCAGAGCAGAUGACAUCAGUGGAUAACUGUAAACAGUCACUUCAAGCGGUAUUGAAAAGAUUUCGAGUGGAGUAGUAUGAAAGUGUCGGACAGUCACUGUGUAGACAAAGAUGGUUCAAAGCACAGAACAUUCAUUGAUUGCCUUAGAAGAGGAAAAUAACACAUUGGUCAGUUCACCUGUUCUAUUUAUUCAGUAUUUCAGUGUUUUCUCCAUCUUUCUGUGUGAUUGUCGUUUUGGGACACAGCCUCUUAAUUGAGGGGGGGCCUCUACUGUAUCAAUAGACUUAAUAAUGUGCCACUUUAAUGGUGUGAUCAUCGUCGCCUAAAUUUGUUGUUUUGUGGUGCCUACAGGUAUGAGUGUAUUUGUGAGGAGAUUGCUGAGAGUAGAUGUCGGUCGUAUCAUCAGAUGAGGGGAAAACAUGCUUUUGUGCAAAUGUACAGUAUCUACAUUUCUUUUGCUAAGUGAGAUUUUGACACAUUUUUCAAAUAUGCAUUAACUGCCUGCCUCGGUUAUUAUCGCGUCUGCGUCAAACGAAGCACUUGUUUUCUUUUAUGCGUGAGAGAGAGAGUUUUCCGUAAAGUCAAUAAUGCAGAUAUAAUCGCAGCAAUGAGGCACAAGAGGGAAUCAAUUUGCCACACGUUGAACCGAUUGCUGCCCAUCGGGCAAUAACCCGCAUGGAUGAGAGCGAAAUUACAUCCAUGUCUGGCAAUCACACAAAUACCCCUAAAGUGUUGACUUUUAACUGCACAAAAUUGUAUCUAUAAAAAUAAAGACGUUUGUUUGGUGUGUUCAACUCGCAUCAUACAAUUGUGGAAUCUGUGGAUCUAGGUAAUCAACUAAAUUAAAGCAACUGUCGGAAUUGAUUUAUCAUAUUCUACCUUCGCCCUUGUGCCCUCCAAACUGUACUACUGGUGCCUUCUGAACAAUAUACAUCAUUACAAUGCAAGUACAUUCAUUUCUCUGCGGUAUCAAAACUUUGGAGACGCAAUAGUCAAAGUCAUACCAAGUGCUUUAUGGGGUGAAAACCUUGUUUAUUUUGCUUUUAUUCUCAUUUUCACUUUUCAUCAACUUUUAGCCUCUCGACAUGCACGUGACCAAGCCGAAUGAGAAUAUCCGGUUACAGGGUCAGUUAAAUUCAUUCUUGAAUGAGCAAAUUCCAAAGCUGAUGUCAAACGUUUCUUUUCAUAGAUCUGCUAAAUUUGAUGCACGAAUAAAACUAUACUGUACAUCAACAAACCUUUCAGGAUAGAAGACCAACAUGGUCUUCACAGAGCCCGACUCGGAAUGACCCCUCAAAAACAGCUCCUGUUUCUAUUUUUCCUCUCUCUCCAUGUUUUUGUGCUUUAUUUAUGACUGUAAAGGUGUCACACGCUAAUAUGGGACUGGAUAAUAACAAAGCUAAAUUCCCAAUAUGUAUGAUGGAGACAUGACUGUAUCUUGACAUCUUAGAGACAGACAAUGUUUAAUUUGAUUUUUUUGCAGCACAUUGUUCAUUUCAGUAUCACUCAUUUGACAAAUGUUUCAAAUGAAUAUAUUACAUAACUCAAAACAUUCUGCUUUAAGUCCCUCAGUUUUGCUUUUAAUUGAAAGCAUGUAUUGCAAGAGCAGAAAAAGUGAAGUGGCCUUUAUUCAAAAUAAAUAAGUAAAUAAAUAAAGAAAUAUAUAUAAAAAAAUAAAUACAUUUUGUUGGGUAAACAAAAAUAAGGAAUAAGCAAAAUCAGCAAUUUGCUGGCAUUUCAUAAACUCGAUGCAACAAAACAAUCCUAGUCUGCCAAAUGAAUCUGGACAGGUCAUCAAUAAUUAAGCCUUAAUUUCAGUGUUGUUCUAUUUUUUGAGGCAAACAUGAACGUUGUUUGACAACAAUGCUUUUUUCUUUAUGCGUUGGUUUAAUGCUCAUGAGAUGUAUUAUGUAUGUUUUGUGCACAUUAUCCUAUAUCAACACGUGAUCAUUAUCUGUACACAUUUUGCACAAAGCACUCAAUGUUUGUACAUAUGCAAUCAGUUUGUCACUUAAUUGUUUUUAUACAUGCGCUUGUGUUCGAUUUUGCCAUUAAACUAUGAAAAAUGAGACGCCUAUUCUCACAACCGAUGCAAUGCGUGCCAAUUUGAGUGUGAAUGUUAUGAUUUUCAUUACUCCCCUUAUUUUUCAGUAUGAUUGAAAUAAACCUGCAAGCAGACUAAAUUGUUGUGAACACUGUAUAAAGAUGGCUUCUUGUCACUUAUGAGCGUUGCAGUUUUGUUUUAGUGUUAUUUCGAUGAUCCCCAAAACAGUUUUUCAUUUUUUUUUUUUCAAUAUGUGAACGAAGAGUGUGUAAAAGAGUGUAUAAAACCGUUUGACCAAAUUA